ACAGUGAAGUCUGUCGGACUGAAUGUCAAUUAGUAAGGUUUAAGGAUAAACCCUUCACACCAUAUUGUCCCUCCUCCCCCUUCGCUUGCCGUCCCCCGCAGCCACCACGCUCCCAAGCGCCCCCUUCCUCUUCCUCCUCCCAGGUGUCACCAGGGUUCGUAUCCUCCGCACCCCACGGCGAGCCGACAUGAGCGCCGCCGCCUCCACUCCGGAUGCAGCGGCGUCCUCUGCUUCCGCCGUCGGCGGCGGCGAGGAAGCGGGGAAGGAGGCCGAGGACGUGGUUGUCCAGUACGUGGUGCUGCGGCGCGACCUGGUGGACGCGUGGCCUGGGAGCGUGGUGGCGCAGGGGUGCCACGCCGCCGUGGCGGCCUUGUGGGUGCAUCGUGACCACCCUGACACCGCCGCCUACUGCGCACCCGAGAACCUCGACCGCAUGCACAAGGUGACAUUGGAGGUGAAAGGAGAAACACAGCUGAAGAACCUGGCUGAGAAACUGGAAGCAGCUGGUGUCCGGCACAAGUUGUGGAUAGAGCAGCCCGAGAACAUUCCGACUUGCAUAGCCACAGCACCCUGCCCAAAGUCGCAGGUUGCUUCGUUCUUCCGGAAGCUAAAGCUUUGCAAAUGACUGAAGCAUAUUUUCAAUCCUUGUUUCUUCCCCAAUCUAUGAGGAUCAUCAAACUUUACAAACUGUGCAGCUUUAUUCUUGGCCCUGGUUUUGGUAUCUUGGUUUGGCUUUAGUAGCAUUGGAUUCGACACAUUUUGCACCUGUGUAUUAUUUAUACCUUCUUCUGUCUUGGAUCGAUUGAUCGUUCUUGUUUCAGAAGUGGAUAUACUGGUAUCGAAAUAACAAAACAUAGAGAUUGUAAUUUCAGUCCUGGAUCCCCUGCUUGUCAUGUACUGAAGGAUUCUGUUUCAGCAAUGAAUAUAAUGGGGUUGCAUAAA